AUGGACGUGAUAGCCAGCGUUGCCUUUGGCACCCAGGUGGACUCUCAGAAGGACCCAGAUGACCCGUUGGUCCACCACGCCCAGAAGUUCUUCUCUUUCUCCUUCUUCACACCCAUCAUGUUCGUCUUCAGUGAGUACUGUGGAGCCCUGCCCUGAGGCCAACUAACUCAUCAUCACUUUAAAGUAUUCCUAAUUUGUCAAAUUGUCCAAUUCAAAUACUGCUGCAUUCCCUAGUUGAUGCCAUACAUGGAGUGACAAAUACUAUAUUUUGUCUUCAGUUGCCUUUCCAUUCCUGAUUCCUCUGGCCCGGGUCCUCCCCAACAAGAGGAGGGAUGAGAUGAACAACUUCUUCAUCAACUGCAUUCAGAAGAUCAUCAGCCAGAGAGAUGAGCAGCCAGUUGAAGAGGUAUUACUAUGGCAGCCUAACUAUCCUUUGUAAAGAUGGGAAUAGAUAUGAAAUAAUAAAGGACUUGUAAUGUCUCCUGUCCUCCUCUUCUCUGAUCUUGAUCUCUCUCUCUUUGUGUGUGUGUGUUUCUCUGUAUGUAGCGGCGGCGAGACUUCCUACAGCUGAUGCUGGACACGCGGAGCAGCAAGGAGUGUGUGUCACUGGAGCACUUUGAUGUGGUCAACCAUACAGAUGAGCUGGACCCCACACACACAAACCAGCAAGAAAAUGUUGGCGUCAGCCACGAGUCACCCAACAGGCGCUCGGUCCAGACCCAGAAGAGGAUGAUGUCGGAGGAUGAGAUAGUGGGCCAGGCGUUUGUGUUCUUCUUGGCGGGGUAUGAGACCAGUAGCAACACCCUAGCCUUCACUUGCUACCUCCUGGCUCUUCACCCAGAGUGUCAGAGCAAACUGCAGGCUGAGGUGGAUGAGUUCUUCACCAGAUAUGUGAGUAUGGUCCUCUGGCUUUCCUGUAUGCACUUUAUGUUCACAAUCACCUUCGUUUUCCCUCAUUGUUUGUGACAGUAUGUGUGCCAUGAUGGUCUAUUGAUACUAAUAGGAUCUAAACCAGAUUAUGUAAAUGGCCCACACUGUCCGCCCCACCUGAUGGCGAGACUGUACAGAGUUUGGGGUCAAUUCCAUUUAAAUUCAGUCAAAUCAGGAAGUAAAAUGUUUUCUGAAUGUCACUUUACUUCCUGAAUUGACAAUUGAAAUGGAAUUGACCCCAAUCCGGUAUUGUGGACUUCAGCAGCACUGCAUAGCAUACAGUCAUUUUUCAGGGGUUUAUGACCAAGAGACUCAGUCCUAUAUCAACUUCACCUCAGCUGUAAUAAGUCCAUCUCUGCAGCAGUGCCAGUCUGCCACUCUGCAGGCCAGCAGAGGUGAUGAGUGUGAAAGACAGACAUUGAUUGGCCCUGGCUGGAACAAAAAUAAAUGAGAGAGGGAGAGGUGGGUUGGAAUUUUUCAGAUUGAGGAUUUUCAAUCUGUUUCUCCGGGGUCACAGCGACCUGCAGUUUGAUGUGCGCUGCCACUAUAUUGAAAGAUAAAGAACCCAGACAGCACCCGAGCUUUCACUGCGUUCACUUAGGAUGAAAACUGCUCUUUGUCUGGCAUCCAGAUGAAGCCUUGGUUGCAGCACACACACACACACACUCUGCUGUCACAGUCACGAUCAACUCUGCAGCAUAACACUGCUCUAAUAGUGGACACAUAAACAGUUAGACAGGGGAGUGGAGGAUCUAACAAGGCCAUGGGUACGUCCAAAAUGGCACCCUAUUCCCUAGGGUCCAUAGGGCUGUGGUCAAAGUAGUGCACAAUAUACGGAAUAGGGUGUCAUUUCGGACACAUCCAUGGCCUUGUUAGAUCCUCCACUCUCCCGUCUGUCUCCUCCUGCAUCCUAAUACCCUGACCAAGGCCAGAGCAGUGGAGAACAGAAAAGAGUAGAGCAGACAGCAGACCAGAAGGCAGGAUCAAACGCACAUUCUUUCAUUUCCUCUUCCCUCGCUCUAUGUCGUGCCGAUACACCGCUCUCUGCUCUCUAAUUCUCAAUCCUUCAACUCACGGGGGAGGAAGUGUCUACAAAGAGAGCUCUCAAUGUAAACUAACUAACUCUGCCUGUUCGCCUUCUGGUGUUUUAUUUCCUGAUCAAAAUGCAUCAGUGCAAAUAUAACAGCGCUCACUUCUUCACUGUUUCAUGUCCUUUUUUAUCUUCUUGGUGUUAUUUAUUUUCUCAUUGCACAUUUUCUGCAGUGGACUUUUAUCCUUUUGUAGUCUGACUUUCCUCUCUGAAAUAGAGCACUGUUGGUGGCUUUUAUGAUUUGUAGCCUACUGAGUAGCCUUCGAAGCACCGCAACAAGGUCUGGUAUUUACUGUUAUGUAGCCUAAUAUAAUGACAGAGCUGAAAUGAAGAGUACUGUCUGCUGAUGGGACUGGAUAUCAUUUGUCUUAAGGGCCGUUUUACUGAAAUGCUGCACCACUCUAUUAAUGACACUGUUGUCAACAACACUACUGUUUUUUGCAGCAUUUUGAAAGUCCUCCACUACGAUUGAUUGCUCUGGACUUUGGACUCACCUGCCUCGAAAUAUUACACUCUCCUGAACCUUUUUAAGGCUUCUGGAUCAGAAGCAGGUUUUCACAAAAUUGUAUGAGAAAUGUUACAAUAACGUACAGCCGAAGGACUCAUGUUAUGGCAGGGUUAAUACAGAUCUCUAUGGAGGGCUAGUGAGCUGUAUGUAGCUAGCUGGUGAGGGCAAUUGGGGUUUUCAACAGUCGGGGUGAAUAAAUGUUGGUUUGACUCAGGAAACUUGAUCGGAUACAAUACCUGUGUACAUAAACUAUUUUAUAGGCUAGCUGGGUCUACAUUUGACCAGACAUCUGGCAGCUGACUGCAGUGAAGGUCAGCUAUUUCUCUCUCUCACUUCUCCUGCUGUGCUCAUCACAGCUAACUCAACCCACUGCCUUUCAGUACAGUGAAAGAGACUGACUGUGUGGUGGUUUUACCUGCUACCACAAGGUUGGUCCGCUCCUGAAAGCUUUUUCAAUGUCAGUCUCAGGUACAUAUGCAGUUCCAGUACAUGGUAUUGAAAACAAUACCGCACACAUCGAAAGAUCCACACACACUUUAAUUCUAUCAAAUGAUCUGCAGUUUAUCCUGGUCAUUACAAAAUCUUAGACAUGUUCCAUCGAUUUGUAAUUGUUUUUUGGUAAUUGAUUUAAUUGUAAUUUUCGUUCACAGGCAUGUUUUCUGGAUUAAGUUGUUAGCCAUGAUUCAUCUCACGUGUGUUCCGGUUGUGUCUGUAGGAGCUGGUAGCAGGCGGGCUACGCUAG